AAAGCGAAGACUUUCAAUUGCGGGUUAGUGAUGGUUGAGAAUGAUACGUUAGAGCGUUGUUCCUAUUGAGAAUUGUUCAAAGUUGAAUAUGCACAAAGCCUUGCGUUUAGUGGUUGUAGGAACUGGUAGAAUGGGUAAAAUCCAUAUCUACAACGCUGCGACAAGCUUGAAAGUAAAAUUAGUGGGAGUUUAUGAUAUUCCAGAAAAGAGAAAAGAAGCUUCAAAACUUGUAGCAGAAACGGGAUCCAAACUCUAUGAAGAUUGGCACUCUCAAGUAUUAGCAAAUACAGAAGUUGAUGCUAUCGUCAUCGCCUCACCUACGCAUACCCAUAAGACGUUGACUUUGGAUGCGUUGGAAAGUGGAAAGUCGGUAUUAUGUGAAAAGCCUUUGGGAGAAGACUUUAUAGAAAUUCAGAUGUGUCACCAGAAAGCAAAGGAGAAGGGACUCACGUUAUUGAUUGAUUGGAAUAGACGACUCGAUCCUUCUUUUAUGAAGCUUGUAUCAGAAGUACGCAAAGGCUUCAUCGGGCAAUUGCAAAUCAUCAGAGUUUCAGGUCGAGAUCAUCCUGUGCCACCUUUGCAAUUUCUUCGCCAUUCUAAUAGUUGUAUAUUUCGAGAUAUGAUUGUACACGAUGUUGAUUUGGUGAGGUGGAUAAUGAACUCGGAACCCAUUUCAGUAUAUGCUACUGCAACAAGUUGCUUACCAGAAUUAGCUGGUUCAGGCAUCUACGAUACGGCAACUGCAUUGAUGGAGUUUAAAAAUGGAGCAGUUGCCAUGUUGGAUAGUGCAAGAAAUGCUUGUUAUGGAUAUGAUCAACGUUUGGAAGUUUUUGGUGACAAAGGAAUGUUGUCGGUAGAAAAUUUUCCUUCGAAUGGUGUAACGUGGUGCAAUGAAAAUGGAAUAAAAAAGGAACCCUAUGUUUGGAGUUUUCCCCAACGAUAUCAAAUAUCUUUUCGCAAUGUAUUGGAACAUUUUGCUGAUGUUGUGUUGCGAAAACAUUUGCCUAUGUGUAGUGAAGAAGAUGAUUUUGGUAUUUACAAGGUCGUCUCAGCUAUGAGUUUAUCAGCUUCAUUGAAAAGGCGUGUAUUUUUGGAUGAAAUGAAUGAAAAGUUUUUAUUACAACAAAAUACAAAUCAUAAGUUGUGACAACUAUUUUGGAAUAAAAUCAAGUGUCCAUAU